AUGGGCUUUUGCCGUCGUUCAUCGAUGGACUACACAGAAGUGCGACUGGGCAGUGGUAACUGGGAGUCUGUGAACAUGAACGAAUAUCUCGUCCAAAUCUUGCUGUCGGAGCUCAUGGACGUGCCUACUAGUAUCGAGGGUGGAGAACCUGACGUGAACAUUAACCUGUAUCAAGAAAACAGCAAUUUUGACUUUUGGAACGUCAAAGUAGAUGUGUUCCGCCAUCCUGAGAUGUCUACUGCUGGCCGUGUUGAUGAUUGCCGCAUGGUCACAACCGAUCCAGAGAACUACGAACCUUGCUACCACGUUUAUCCAGAGAUAUGGUGGCAGAGCAAGAAGGACUUGCCCUUUCCAGAGAUGGAGUCACUGCUGGAUCUGGGCGUCUUAUCGACUCUGGCCAUCUACAUACCCAAAUUUGCUCUGCAAAGAGACACCUCCUUGAACUCAUUUAUUGGUUUGAGGGGAGAAGACAAUCGGCGCAAGCUCGCAGAAACCUUCAAGUCGCCGACGAGAUGGGGGGACUACUGCAAGGAGGUGUCGCCGACGAACUGCACUAUACCCGAUCCCAUUGCCGAACGUGCUCCCCUCGAAGAGGAUGAGGAAAUGCUCUUCUUCUCUGCUGGGGUCUACAAUGGUCACUUCCGUAUGACGCAAGACUGCGAUGCCAACCCCGAAUGUGCCGGUGACUUCAUUAAUAUUGCCUGCGACUGGACCACCUACGCUUUGCAGCAGAUCUACCACAACGACAUUGCACUCGAGAUGCGUGGCCCCCUAGCCAGUGGUGGAUACUCUUACGACGAACAAGUUCAGAUCUACGCUGCUGCCAAUGCAACCAAAGAGGCCGUCAUGGUUCUUAUGUAUGACACAGACACUCCUUAUUCCGAGUGGCUAGGGACGGACGCAGAGAUGACAAGAGUGAACUUUGCACCUCCCACGCAGAAGUGCUUUGAUAGUCGCAUCACAUCCACCGAUACGUGCAAUCCUGACGCUACUCCCGAGCAACUCUAUGGCUCCCCCGAUGGAGCAUGCGAUACAUCUGCCCAGGCUCUCAAAAAGAUGUUGAGCUAUGCAUUCCAUCGAAUUACUAUUGGAGACGACAUAGCAGAAGAGUUCCAAAGCCCGGCAUAUGAGGCUUUCCAGAGCUACCAAAUAUCGGAGCUUUCGUACAGCGAGAUCUUUCAAAUGUGGAAGUCGCGUGGAACGGAUCCUUGGGGAUAUGACUUGAGGGACGCAGUCUGUCAGUUUUUCGUCCAGAACCUGGACGUCUUUCAGGCCUUUGUACCCGAGUCGCAUCCAAGGGUGGUGGUGGAGGCAGAGACAUCCAAAACUUCUGGUCUGAUGGAAGCCGCUCUAGGCAUUGCAGCUGUCGCUGUAAUCCUUGUCAUUGUCUCACUUCUGGUUGCAUUCCGAAAGAGGAAAACAAAGGUGCUUUAUCACACACAGAAUGAGUUUCUGAACCUUAUUCUUUCGGGCAUGCUUAUAGUUUCAAUCGGUGCAAUUCUUUUGACAGUUGCUGUUGCCGAUUGGACUUGCGCUCUACUUCCAUGGGUCAUUAACUUGGGCUGGGUACUGCAAUUAGUGCCAUUGUACUGCCGUAUCUCUGGCAUCAGCGAACUCGCCACUUCUGGGAAGCAGAUGGAGCGUGUCCGCUUGAAUAUAAAAUGGCUCUGCACCAACGUUGCAGUUGUGGCAUUUGUGUUGGUCGCAUUUCUGGUCACUUGGGUGUUACUUGACACUCCCGAGAAAACUUUUGAGUAUGAAAUGUCAACUGACAAAACACCUCAAGGCGAGACCAUCAUCAUGGCCUAUCCUUACUGUGGAUCAGUCGAGAGUUACUGGAUUAUACCAGUUUUUGGAUGGCGGGCUCUUCUCGUCAUUCCAAGUUGCAUGAUUGCCGUGUUGGCAAGUCGUGUCAAGGAAGAUCUGAAUGACACCCACACGAUGUCUAAGGCGCUCUAUACCCACGCCGUGUCCUUGUCGCUGGAGGUGAUCUGCUUCCUUGGCUUGUAUGGGUCAUCGAAUUCAGACUUGAUGGGGUACACCAGUGUCAUCUUCAGUACCGAUACGAUUGUGAGUCUGGCAGUCUAUGUUGUCCCAAAGUUCCUGAACAGUGGACAGGAGGUCGACGAUGAACCCUUGCCUGAUGUAUUUGUGCACACAACGAUAGCAUUGCUCGAAGUCGAUGGGUUUACAGCUUGGAGCUCUGUUCGAGAACCCGUACAGGUCUUCCAGUUCCUGGAGCAGCUUUACGGGUACUUUGACAAGCUUGCUGAGAAACACGGUGUAUACAAAAUUCAGACAGUCUCUGAGUUGUACAUCUCAGCCACAGGAAUACCAACAUGUCAAGGCAACCAUUGCAUUCUCAUGGCAUCUUUCGCAAUAGAUUGCUUGAAGAAGAUGCCCAAGGUUGUCAAGAAUAUGGAGGUGCAUUUUGGCCCUGACACAAGUGGCCCUGUGACUGGUGGUUUCUUGAAAGGAAAAGGUGAACGCUUCCAAAUCGUUGGCGACACCGUCACAACCGCUCAGUUGAUUCAGAAACAUAGCUUGAGAAAUAGAAUUCACUUGUCCCAGGCCACUGCCGAACUGCUCAUUCAGGCCAACAAGCGGGCCUGGGUCAUGGAACGAGAAGAUCCAGUAGACACAGAAGAAAAGGGAACAAUGAAAACCUAUUGGCUAGUGAAAGGUUCUCACCGUGAGUACGACAUGCCAGAGCGGCACUCGUGCUAUGAAUCAAUUCCGAGCGACGAAGCCGAGGAUGACAUCAAGUUCUCAAAGCUGAAAAAUGAAGAGCGAUGGGUUGAGUUCAACGUGGAAACAUUCAAAGGCUUGCUGAAGCAAAUCAUAGCACGAAGAGACGGAUCAUUGAGCAACUUGACGUCCUCGAAUCACUUGCUUCACCCCUCUCGUGUUCCCGAAGCAAACAUGCCAUUGGAAGAGGUGAAAGAAGUAAUAAUGCUCCCAAGCUUCGACAAAAGAGCCGCGCGACGACAACUGGACUUUGACAAGGUGGAGAUCCAAGAAAACGUUGUGUUCCAGCUCAGGGAAUACAUCUCCAUUGUUGCCAGCUGCUAUAAUGACAACCCCUUUCACAACUUUGCCCAUGCAUCGUAUGUUGUCAUGGCAAUCAAAAAGUACAUGAACCGAAUCAUCGCUGCAAGCGAGAUGGAUGUCGGGCACGCCGUUGAAGAACGCGUUCGAAGCAGCGUUCAAGCUGCCAUUCACUCUCAUACGUAUGGUAAGGAACUCAAGACAAACGAUUUAUGGGAGAUGGUCCAACUGCAUUCUUCUCACACAAAGACCUUCCGUUCUGUCAAACAAAAAGGCAUCACUAGCGAUCCGCUUACACAGUUUGCGUGCGUUUUCAGUGCCCUUAUUCACGAUGUCGACCAUCCUGGAGUUCCGAACCCACAGUUGGUCCGCGAAGACAAGGAAGUUGCCGAACGCUUCAAAGCCAGGAGUGUGGCAGAGCAGAAGAGCUUCGUCGUCUCAUGGAAUCUUCUCAUGGAGGAAAGGUUCUCUGCCUUGUUGUCGACCAUAUGUAGCACACCAAAGGAACUCCAACGCUUUCGACAGCUGGUGAUCAACAGCGUGAUGGCGACGGACUUGGGGGAUAAACAGCUCAAAGAACUCCGUAAUGGCAGAUGGGAGAAGGCUUUUGCAACAAGCGAUGAGUCUAGCAGCCUCAAUACUGGCGGAUCAUCAGAUACCUUGAGUUCUUGCGCUGAUCUCGAAAGCGGCCGUGAACGAACGUGCAUCCAGAUCAACCGAAAGGCAACAAUUGUUAUCGAGCACCUCAUUCAGGCAGCUGAUGUGGCCCACAUGUCUCAGCACUGGGCCAUCUAUCGCAAAUGGAACCGCUUGCUGUUUCGGGAAAUGUACAAGGCAUGGCGUGAAGGAAGAGCCGAGCAUAAUCCAGCAGAGGACUGGUACAAGGGAGAAAUCGGCUUUUUUGACUUUUACAUCGUUCCUUUAUCCAGGAAGCUUCGCGAUUGCGGUGUGUUUGGACCCACUUCGGAUGAGAACUACAACUAUGCCACGAACAAUAGAAACAUGUGGGUUCAGGAAGGGCAGGGAAUUGUCAAAGUUCUGUUGGCUGAAGUUGAGAUGGAGUAUUCAAAAAUGCCCGAGAUGUACCCCGGCGAUGAUGACAUUGAACGCGCAUUCCCGCUGGUGGCUGGUCCCUCCAUUCCUACGCCUCCAUCCGCGUAG